CAAACGGGGUAGAAUCAUAUUUGCUGGGGUCAGCGGACUUACCAUGGGAAAUCAAGCUUGUUGUGCCAAACCUGCUGAUGAGAAGGAUAUCGUGAAGAUUCCAACACAGGACGCCUUCGACAACCAGGAGGAAGAACCAAAAGAUGUGGUCAAAGUAGUCACUGAUCCAACGGUUUGCACGAUCACAUUCCUCGACGAGACAGGCACAGAGAUUGAGCUAAAAUUCGCAAAGAAACCGUUGGGCUUCAAGUACGUUUCAGGCAAGGCGCCUUUGAAGGUUUCCGGAAUUCUUGAUGAGGGUUGUGUGAAGGAGACUGGUCUUCCUGUGAGAGUUGGUUGGGCCAUCAAAGCUGUGAAUGGCAAAAUACUGAACGCUGAGCCGCAAAGGGCAUCGGAGGAGUUCCUGGAAGAGGUCAAAAAAACUUUUUGAAUGGAGCCAAAGUGGAGCCAAAUUGUCGAUAUGCAGACUUUGGCAGAGUGGCGAGGCAAGUGGCAAGGUCCUUCAUUUUCCCAGAGAUGGAUUUUGGCUUGAGUUGCGAGCUAUAUCAGUCUCGCGGGACCUACACAGACUGUGCCUGUUGAUGAGCAAGUUAAAGUCAAG